AUGGAUCUCCAUGAACUCGGCACACAUUACCUCCCCGGAGGCGCGAUCGUUAGACCGGCCACUAAUCCGGCCGGAUCGUCAUGGAUGCAAGCAGCGGCCGCACAGAGUAGUAGUAACCUUGAUUCGUCGUUGUAUUCCAGGUGUGAAGCUCCCAGCAUCACAAUUCAGAGCGUGGGAGGCCCCAUCUACCACGGGCCGUCCGCCUUCAGAUACGUUCUCGAAGACCAUCAGCUCUUCCUCAACAAGCAGCAAGCGAACGCCGGCGCUACACUGCAAGGCGGAUCGAACUCACGUCCACGCAGCUUUAAAGGUCCGAUAAAGUCGGCGAAAAACGCAAGGUCUCGAUAUUUCGUCUAUCGGAACAGUGCAAACAGCCAACGAAGCGCCCGACAGAAAAGCCAGUCCGCCCUAGGCGCCGAGGUCGCGUCAGGUUUAGCGAAUCGCGUAGGUCUAUCCGUAUCUCUGGUCGAUACGCGGCUCUCAAGUAGCAACAGUCAGAGUGAUCUCAAUCCGUCGGAUCCGUCAUCUCCGCUCAAUACGCUGACACUCCAGACGACGAUGGGCCAACGAGUCAGUACCGGCUUGAAGGUCGUUUCCGUUGGCGAAGACAAUAAUGGCAAUCAGAGAGCUGUGGUCACGAGAGAUCAACAGAGUUGUAGAGACCUCCAACGGCCCGCUCGAUUGGAUAUGCUGCUGGACACGCCGGCGGCAUCGCACGAUAUGCAACUACGCCAUAGCUGGAACCCCGAAGAUCGCUCGUUGAACAUUUUCGUCAAAGAAGAUGAUCGACUCACGUUUCACCGGCAUCCGGUUGCACAGAGCACAGACUGCAUCCGGGGUCGAGUCGGAUACACGAGAGGAAUGCAUAUGUGGGAGCUUAAAUGGUCGACGCGGCAACGCGGUACCCACGCAGUUGUGGGCGUCGCGACCCGCGAUGCCCCUCUGCAUUCGGUCGGCUACCAAAGUCUCGUGGGCAGCAACGUCGAAUCCUGGGGCUGGGACCUCGGCCGAAACAAGCUCUACCACGACAUCAAGAACAAUCAACCCGUCACGUACCCCGUGCUCUCGCAGAGCAACUCGGACGAAGUGUUUCUCGUCCCCGAUACCUUCCAGGUUGUACUCGAUAUGGAUGAAGGCACACUUGGUUUCGUUGUCAACGGCCAGUACCUAGGCGUCGCCUUCCGUGGACUGAAAGGCAAAAAACUUUAUCCCAUCGUCAGCGCCGUCUGGGGACACUGUGAGAUCACCAUCAAAUACAUCGGUGGUCUCGAUCCGGAGCCGUUGCCCUUGAAAGACAUUUGUCGGCGAUCGAUUCGGCAACAACUGGGCAAGAACCGUUUGAACAGGGCGUCCGAACUACACCUUCCUUCGGCCCUCACGAGUUAUGUUCUCUACCAGGACCGCUGCUAG